AUGUCUCCUUCAUGGGACACCAGAAGUCCGACGGACGACGGUCCUCCCAAGGAUCCUUUUGCUUUUGGGCAAAGGAGGGAAACUUCAUGGGGCUACACAAGUCCCACGGAAGACAGUCCUCCCAAUGAUCCUUUUGGGCGCAGGCGGGAAAUGCUCAACUGUGAUGACCCGCCCAGCUACUCAUCACUUACCAUACGACGCUCCAAUGACACAGAGCACCCUUGGAAUGGAGCUCUGUCAACAUAUCGACGUCACGUGCGUGCUUCCUCCACAGCUGGACCCUUUCGUGGUUCUCACCGCCAAACGGUACGACAACUUAGCGAGCAUGAGCUUCGCAACGCAGUACAAUCUUCUCCCGAAUCGCGACUAGGUUCAUUCAUGCCAUCACUGCCACCACUGCCGCCACCACCACCAUCACAGCCACCGCUAUUACCAGGGUCAUCACGGUCACCAUUACCACAACUGCUACCACGAUCACCACGGGCACCGCUGCCUGCAUCAACCACAAAACCACGCGGAGCUGUGUCCACGCCUGUCCAACCUCCCUCGUUCUCAAUGUCCUAUGCUCCGAAUGGCAUGGCUGCCAACCAAGACGGCACUUUAGACCAAACAAAGUUCCCCGAGCUCACAUGGCCCUCGCGAUGGGGCCAUAUUCCCUCAAACACUACCAAUCGCUCCGCAAACGUGAUCGCACCCAUCAACCAGGAGACGGGAGAGGUACAUGGAUCUCCUUACAACAAACUUCCCUAUACGAAUGUCAAUGUCAACACACCUUCUCCCGCUUCCAAAGAUACAUCAAGAACUACGCUGCCAAUUCGAAUUCUUGGUGACCGAUGUAAGCCGCCAGUUUUCGGAGAGCCUACAGCUCUCAAGUCUACAGCGUACGAGCCUCUUAUCUUCACUACACCCGAAUUGCCCUUCGAAGCCCGGAGAGAGACGUUGACAAAAGCCCGAGAUUCGGCUUUUCUCAACAAGUCAACACAACUCGAAGACCCACCAGGCCUCAGAGCAUAUCUGGACACUAUCCGUGACCUUCGCGAGCGAAAAUACUCCGACACAGAGAUCGACAUAAUGGUCGCGGAUAUGGACAAUGUCGAACUCUCCUUCCCCGAGCUUCUGGAGAAGCUCAGAAACGGGUCACCGACGGACACCGCUACUAAGCAAGCGGAGCGCGCUCAGAGCAAUGUUGGUGCGCGACCGACGACUAGCACGACGCCCACAACACCUGCCAAACGUGACGCGCCGACAUACUCCUGCAGUCCCUCUGACGUGGAGAAGAGGAGGACUAAGUUGCCCAUCAGGAGCCAGAUAACUACAAACGUUAUCAAAUCGCGUUUCGCAGUCGAGAACCUCGCUUCGGCGCAAACCGAUACUACUGCCUGUGCCAAGGUGGAUAGCUGGUCGGCGACUGACAAGUCCAAGGCCCCUGAAGAGAAGGCUCCCGAGGACGAGUUCGAGACGCUGAACUUGGACUCGGAUGAAGAGGAAUGGGACAAGAUUGACGUAGAUGAGGAGUGGGAAGUUGUCAAUGAUCCGAGAGUAGAAGUGGAGAAGAACGCGGUUUAG